GUCAUAUUUUGAUCAGACACCAGGAAGUGCGGAAGGCGACGACGAAAGGAGACCGAAACCAGGAAAGACCGACUGAUUUACUGACAAAUCGGCUUUAUUUUGCAUUUUUUGAAGGCGCUUCUUUGGGAAACAACUUUGUGACCGUCAAAGCAACCGUAGAAUGCCAAGCAUGGAUAAGCAUCUUUUCAAUUUAAAGUUUGCCGCCAAAGAACUUCAAAGAAACUCCAAGAAAUGCGACAAAGAAGAGAAAUUGGAGAAGGCAAAAGUCAAGAAAGCCAUCCAGAAGGGAAACAUGGAUGUGGCGAGGAUCCAUGCAGAGAACGCCAUCAGACAGAAGAACCAGUCUGUGACCUACUUGAGGAUGAGUGCUCGGGUGGAUGCAGUGGCUGCAAGGGUCCAAACUGCUGUCACAAUGAACCAGGUCACAAAAUCUAUGGCUGGAGUGGUGAAAGGCAUGGAUGUUACUCUGAAGUCGAUGAAUCUGGAAAAGAUCUCAGGUCUCAUGGAUAAAUUUGAGCGCCAGUUUGAGACACUGGAUGUUCAGACGGCGCAGAUGGAAGACACAAUGAGUAGCUCCACAACACUGACCACUCCACAGUCCCAGGUGGAUUCAUUGUUACACGAGAUGGCAGAUGAAGCAGGGUUGGACUUGAACCUGGAGCUCCCUCAGGGACAGACGGGAUCGGUGGGCGCCAGCGUGGCCUCAGCAGAACAGGAUGAGCUGUCCCAAAGGCUGGCCAGACUCCGAGAUCAAAUGUAAAGGCUAAGUGCAGCGGAGCAACCACAGAGACCUGUCCAUAUACAUUAUACGAAUAUUACUUUCACAUCAUAUCCGUUUCUCCUCUUUACAUUCGUGAAUUUCUCUGUGGAGCAUAACCCUUGGGGAUUUUGUGUUUAUAACAAUUGACAGGCAUUUGAAAUGUUGGAUUCCAACAGGAAUACUGGUUGUAGAUGUUCAUAUGUAAUGUUGUUGUAAAACACAAACACGGAAGAAUUUGCAAACAAGUAAAUGGCGUGGUAUUUCUUUUUACCAUAUAUAAAAGCCAAUACCAUAGAGUGAAGGCAUUGGUCCGGGAAAUUCUUUUAUUCUUCAAACUGUAUGACCGGUUAUUCUUGUCCUACUGUGUGAGAGACAUUACGUAUCCUUUCCUGAUGACAAGGCCUUGUGUGGUAAUCUACUGAUCGUUUGGUUCCAGGUUACAGUUUGCAGAUUACACACAAUAAACUUUUCUAAUAAUA